AGCCUCUUGGUCGGCGAAUAUAAAACCUCCGCUGUGAGCUGAUGCAAUACUGAAGAUACUGAGCGAAGCGUCAGUAAGGAGAAACCAGAAAAAGGAAGCUGCUCAUCUAGCACAGAAGAACACGGUUUUAUUUCAUAUCUGAAUCAUAUUCUGUAUACAGGCAGCUAGUAUGCCAGUUGUCCGAGUCUUGAGCAAGGUGGCAAAGCAGGCCCUAUUGGCCCCUGCAUGUGGAUGUCAGCCUUUGGCUGUGACAGUACGCAACAUCAGCUUUUCCCCACGUCAGGUCACCGCCGGAUCAGAUGCCAGCUUUCACUCCGUGUCCUUCUCGGAAACAGACCACCCUAAAGUUCUUAUUACAGGUGGCCUUGGGCAACUAGGGGUUGGGCUUGCUAAACUCUUGAGGAGGCGAUAUGGAAAAAACAAUGUGAUCCUCUCAGAUAUCAGAAAACCACCAAGUCAUGUCUUUCACAGCGGCCCUUUUAUCUACUCUGACAUUCUGGACUACAAGAACUUGCGAGAGAUUGUGGUAAACAACAGGAUCACCUGGUUGGUACAUUACAGCGCUCUUCUGAGUGCUGUCGGGGAAGCUAAUGUUCAACUGGCUCGAUCAGUCAACAUCACAGGUCUCCACAACAUCCUGGACAUUGCUGCAGAACAUGGGCUUCGGCUCUUUGUACCCAGCACCAUUGGUGCCUUUGGACCAACUUCACCUCGAAAUCCCACUCCAGACCUCUGUGUGCAGAGACCACGGACAAUUUAUGGUGUCUCCAAAGUCCAUGCUGAGCUAAUGGGGGAGUAUUAUCACCACCGCUAUGGUCUUGACUUCCGCUGUCUGCGGUACCCUGGCAUCAUCUCUGCAGACUCUCAGCCCGGCGGUGGCACAACGGACUAUGCCGUGCAGAUUUUCCACGACGCCGUCAAGAGCGGCAAGUUUGAGUGCAACCUAAAGCCCGACACACGGCUGCCCAUGAUGUACAUCGACGACUGUCUGCGGGCUACGCUGGAGGUGAUGGAGGCCCCGGCAGAAACGCUCAGUAUGCGAACCUACAACAUCAAUGCCAUGAGCUUCACACCAGAGGAACUCACUACAGAGGUCCAAAAACAGCUGCCUGACCUGCAGGUCGCAUAUGAGAUCGACCAUGUGCGACAGGCCAUAGCUGAUAGCUGGCCCAUGAACUUUGAUGACACCAAUGCCCGCAAUGACUGGGGUUGGAAGCACGAGUACGACCUGCCAGAGUUGGUCCAAACAAUGCUCAACUUCAUCGGCUCAGACUCUCGAGUCGCCCAGGCCAGCUGAGUUUGAUCUUGGACAUUGAAAAAUUGUACAUAUCAGCUACAGAGAAGAGAGAUCCAUGGUCUGUAAAUAGUCAUUUUCCUUAUUGGCUAACACAAAAUAGCGUAUAAUUGUAGAUUAUACAACGGGGUGUGAUCUCUCUUUAAAUGGUCAUGGCAGAAAACCCUACAUGGGGGUUUGUAUCAGUAAUCCACAGAUCUUUCGAAAGUUGACUGGUAAGAAAGAUAUGGUGGAAUGGAUUCAAGCCUACGUGAUCCACUUUUACUUUGCAUUUAGUGAUAGAGGGAUCAUGUUGUCUGCCUUCAGGCAAAACAAACCAAACAAAUGGAAAUCCAAAAAUGAACGUGGCAGCUUUUAAUCUUUGUUUCCAUGCUCUUUUCUGAUGUACAUAUAGCUUUUUCAAGGUUCUUUACCAUUCAGGAGAAAUUGCUUUACUGUACUAAGUUAGUGGUCAUGUUCAGGUUUAUAAUGAGUCGAUAUAAUAAUCAGUGAAACAAUUAACAUCCACAAAAUGUAUCAUAUUCUGAACUAAACAGCCAAAAAGUCUUGUGGACUAAACAGGGUGGGACUUAAAUGUAGGUCAAGAGUUGUCCUGAUAAAUGAAAUCAUCAAAUUCCUCUUGGCUGCUUUUCUUUCUUCUUGCACUAUCUAUUUAUUCAGUCUGUUCACAAGCGAAUUAAAUUAACUGCAAGAUUCGGUCUUGCUCUGCACAAUUGCUGUGCAUGUCAACUAGGUCACAUUUGGUCAAAUGCAAUUUGCUUUUGCCCACAAACUCACAGUGAAUAUAUUAUCCCGUAUGAAGGGGAGAGUGGGAAAACUUUAAAGUAUUAUUUUUUAAUGAAAGCUUUGCAUCCACAGCUUUUGUUCUUCCGAUUACAAAACUUGUGUUAAUAAAGCUUUUUUAUUUCAAACA